AUGAUUACACCAGUUUUUACAAUUACACAAGACCCGAAUCUUGUCAUAAUCGUUAUUAAAACUCCUUAUAUAAAGGUAUCGGAUAUCGAACUUUACUGUGAAGGUUCGGACUUUACCUUCUAUGCAAAACCAUAUUAUUUAAGGCUUCAUUUUCCCGGCAAUUUGGUGGAUGAUGAUCGAGUUAAUGCCUCGUAUGAUAUUGCAGCUGGUGAAAUGAAUAUAAAGAUACCAAAGGAAACUCCUGGAGAGGAAUUCCCAGAUUUAGAUUUAUUGACCAAACUUUUAGCUCCAAAAAGUGUUAAGAAAAUUGAAAAGCCUUUAAUUGAAGUUAUUGAAGGCGAUAAUGAUGAUGAUAUUAAUCAUGAAAAUACUAAUGAGUUGAAUGGGCUACUUGAAAUGGAAAUUGAACAAAGGCUUGAUGAAGAUCAUAAUGAUGAUUUUUUAAUACGGGAAUUAAAUAGUAAAACCAAUAAUAAUCAUGAUGAAAAACAAAGAUCCAAACCUUUAAUUCAAGAAAUAUUUGAUGGAGAAAUCAACGAUGAAAAUGAGGCUAAACGAAUUUAUAAUUUGUUAGAGGAAG